AGGAAACUCAGUGAGAUCGAGGACAGUUGUUUCGUUAAUCCGGGACUUAAUCUGGAUGCGAUAGAUAAGCCAACUGUUAAUCCAUUCGAGGUGGUGCGGCAAGAUGAUAAGUCGGGGAGGCAGGAUAACGAAUCUUGCUUUGUUAAUGGUGCAUUGAAUAUUAAGGGCAAGGACACAGGGGAAGCAGUUAAUCCAUUUGAGAUAUCCCGACCAACUGAGAAGGGUGCAGCUUGCGCGGAGGAAACAAAGGAAGCAGGAGAAUGCAAGGGGAUUGAAAAUCCUGCACUGGAAUUGCAAACUUACGCGCUGGCCGUCCCGUUCACACCGUCAAUAAACCAUCGGAUCAACUUUCAGGAACUACCGGCGGAUGCAUUAACUCCUUGUCAGAUGUUAGCCAAAAAUUUGGUUUUCACUCCUGAACCGAAUCCAGACAGCUUGAUAACGCCAAAGAAAACCGUUACGAUUUCGAAUCGUAAGUCCCUUUCAGUGAUUAGCGAAGAACCGCUUGAUAUCGGCGAAGAACUGGAUUGCUACCAGCUGGAACUAGAGAACAGCAUCAACGAAGCCAAAGCACUCAAACAGAAGAGUGUUCGAGGAUCGGGAACGGGAACUCGUACCAAAAGUCGGCGCAGUUUGAUCGAUAUCAAACACAUCAGCAAUCUGUCCAUGAAACUGAAACAACUGGAAGAAUCCGAAGGUGAAGACGAAGAUGGCAAACAAUCAGAGACCAAUUCCGAUAAUCAAGGAAUCGUGGUGGAACCUACCAUUAAAGAACCAACAACGCCCCCGACUCCGCAACCGCAGAUGAUAACAUUCACGGUUACUAAGGAGGUUUCUGUCAAGGAGGAGAUCCGCAUCGACGUUAGUAAUCCGGAUGUUCAAUUUGAGGAAGUCGAUGACUUUGAGGACGAAGAACAAGACGUUGACUUAUUCGCCAAUCCGGCCCCAUUCCAGCGAGCUUACCGCAAGAAAGAGGAUCCAAUUCCGGAGGACAAAUUUAAACAGCCAACCCUGCCUGAAGCUUCCAAAACCAACAAAAUGAAGGACGCCAUCCGUAAGAGUUUCCGAAAGUUGAUUCAUCCCAAACAGCACCAGGAACCGCAGGUGCAAAUCACUGAUUUGGACGAAAAACCAAAAUCGGAGGAACCUCACCAUGGGUUUAUGUCCAGCAUCCGCCAUAGUUUGCGUCGGAAGGCGCAUAAGACGAAAGAGCCGCGACCGACAGACGACGCUCCGGAGGAAGAGAAGGAACUGGAAAUGUCGAUUAUUGUGGAGACGCCGAGGGCGGUCUUCCGGCAGCCGAGCGCGGAUGAGUAUCGCACCAUUGCAGCAGGAGGGUCGAUGGAUAAGGUGGGGUCAACCUUGAGGAGCAGCCUGCGUCGGUCCACCAAAGACAUGAAGCGGCAGAUGAUGAAAAAUGUGUUCAAGAAGGCUGGAGAAGAAAAGAUUGAUUAGGUUUAGUUGUUUGUUUGGAGACAUUUUUUAUAAUGAAUAGGAAUUCGUAUUCAAUCCAAAGACUUUCCAAAUUCUAUUGAUAUUCAAGAUAGUACAGAAGACUCAAUUUUUUAGCGUUAUUAUUUCACCGUAAGUACUUAUUUAUAAAAGUUUUAUCAUAUAGAUGCAAACAACAGCAAAUUAAUUUGUUGACAUUCCACGUACUUGCCUUUACCAAAUCAAAUGUUUUAGUACAAAUUAUAACAUCACUCAUGAAAACAUCCUCUCGUAAUCAAAUGUGUAUCAUGGAACUUAAUUUAUUAUCAUUACAGUCAUACCAAUUUGAAUGUAAAAUUAUACUCUAUGAUAAUUAUAUCAAUCGAUUUAUUAUAUACACACCUUAAGUUUUUGUUUUAUCGUCGCACCUUAUUUG